AUGGCUCGUACUCGAGGAGGUUCCUCUUCACAUCGCGGAGAGAGUUCGUCACAGGGUGAGAGGCGGAGACCUAUAGCUUCUGCUCGUAGAAGACGUGGAGCAGUUGAGUCUGAUAUUCAUGUUGAGGACCAUGGAGAUGUGAGGUUUCACGAGGAUGCAGUUGAGGAUCAUGAGGAUGUUGCUGAAGGUGGAUUUCCUGGAGGUCCAUUAAACUCUUCAGUAUUGACACAUUACAUUCAUCAUGUUGCUUAUGCGAUAUGGCAGGGUCGGGAACGGCAGGAGAUCAAGUUGAUCUCCCAUGGGAAGAAGUUAAACAGAUUAGGAUCCUGCCACGAGGGCAUUAGAGACAUCGUUAAUGGUUCUGGUCUGAUGUCUUUGGUGGGCAUGUCAUAUGACUAUGUCGAUAGGGGUCUAUUGCUGGCAUUUGUAGAGAGAUUUCAUUUCGAGACUUGCAGUUUUCAUCUCCCCGUGGGUGAGAUGACUUUGACUUUAAAUGAUGUGUCAUCGUUGUUGCACCUCCCAGUUUUAGGGCAGUUAUGUCAUCUAGAGGAAGUAGAUUUUGAAGACAGUAGAUGCGGCAUUGUGGAGCUUUUAGGCGUGGAUGGCGGGAGAGCUAGUGCUGAGUUAACUGCAGCUCACGGUGUGAAAGUCAGAUUGAGCUGGCUUCGAGACAUCUAUGCUGAGCACUGUGAACAGCAACAGUGGGAGUAUGCUGCCCGGGCAUACUUGUUGCAUCUAGUUGGAUGCAAUAUAUUUGCUGAUAAGACUGCAACAUCCAUUCGCGUGUCUUAUCUUUUGCUCUUUAGAGACGUACACAUAUGUGGUCGAUAUGCGUGGGGCGUUGCUGCACUAGUAUACAUGUAUGACCAGCUAGGAGAUGCCAGCUUGGCUUCGACCAGACAGAUGGCAGGUUAUUUGACUCUGUUACAGAGUUGGAUAUAUGAGCACUUCCCUACAUUGGGAAGAAGGCGUAUGGUGUCUUCGUACAUGGAAGACAGACCUCGUGCUGCAAAGUGGGAGUCACCGAGGCAGGGUUCCACCCUCUUAGAGGUCAGGGUACACUUGGAUGCGCUUACAUAUGAUUUAGUCAUUUGGUACCCUUAUGAGUCACAUCGGGAGAGUCGUCCUUUUUACGGCGUUUGUAUGUUCUCGGGAUGGAUCAGGAUUGGUGAGACAUUGUGUCGACAUUUGCCUGAACGUGUUUUGAGGCAGUUUGGAUUUCAGCAGUCCAUCCCUCGAGACCCACCUGUUGUUGCAAAUGCGGACAUACUGGUGACCGAUGAUGUGUGGUUGCACUAUCGUGAUCACGUUGUUAGGGGUGUGUCCGUAAGUAGAUUCCCAUCUGAUUGUGUUGAUGGUUACCUUGCUUGGUUUAGGAUCAUAUCUCAUCCUUACAUUAUUCCUGCUGAUGACGACCGACCGAGUCUUGCUCCCAGACUCCGACGUGACAUUCCUGAUGAAGUGCCGCAGCAUCGUAGAUCGGCUUCACAGUCUGGUGUAGUCAGGACAUUUGGUAAAAGGUUACAACAAAUGCUCUAUUGUAGGGAAAUUCCCGAGGGGACGAUAGGAUACACUCAUGCACGGGAGCUACUGGAUUUAGCUGACGCAGUCGUUAAAGAGUACUCACCCACCAGGAUAGCUGCCAGGAAUGUUCGUGACAGGCAUAUUCGUGGAAGACGAUCUACUUCAAAUUGA